AUGACAAUAGAGUCUGAUGCAGAAACAGAAAAAAGUCUAUCAGCAGAAAGCACAGUAGAGGAAUCACCACAAAAGAUUAAAAAAAGAAAGAUCAACGACAAGAAACAGCAUUAUUACGCGUUAGACAUGUCACAUCAAAAUAAUGAUGUUCAACAACAACAAAAGCAUGAUCCAGAAUAUAUAAAGGCCACAAAAUAUCCAAAUCUUGGACCAAAAUCCACAAAGAUGUAUAAUGAUAAUAGUGAAGAGCUGUUCUGUAUCUGCCGCAAACCGGAUAAUGGUGACCUGAUGGUUGGUUGUGAUGGAUGUGAUGAUUGGUAUCAUUUUAAAUGUAUGAAGAUUGAUAUCAAGUAUCAAGAAUUAAUAGCUAGAUAUUUUUGCCCGUAUUGUGAAAUAGAUGGUAAAGGUACAACUUUAUGGAAACGGAAGUGCAGAAUACGAACAUGUUUCAAACCUAUCCUGGAGAAUAAUUCCAAAUAUUGUUCAAAAGAACAUGGUUUAUUAUAUUUCACAAAUUUAUUGGAUAAUAAACUAGUGAAACAAUCAAAGAAUGCAGGUGUACUAAACAGAGACCAAGUUGGGGAAAUGGUGAAGAUUUCUGUGAAUAUUGAACAAUUCAAACGUCUGGGUGAUAAGAUGCCUGAUGUCCCAAAUAAUGAUUUUGCAAAUGAUGAAAGAAUCGUGAAUCUAAGAGAUUCUAUUGGAUUAUUGAAAGAAGAGAGAGAUAUAACUCUAAACAAGAAAAAAGUAUUGUUGAAAAGUAGAGAAAAUGUUAAAAAAUUGAACGAAGCAUUAUCUGCAAAUUUGGAUCAAGGUUCUAGUAAAAAGAAGGCUAAAAAGAUUGAUAUCUGUGGGUAUGAUUUGAUCUUCAAUGAUGAUAAGUUUGAGAAUGAACAACUAGACGAGUCAAUGUUAAUUUCAAAUGAUACUGAGCAAUUGAAAUCUAAAUAUGGAAAAUACAUUGAAGAAGAAGUAAAUGAAACAAGUUUUUGCUUUGUUGAUAAAAAGAAAUGCCAAAAACAUAAUGGAUGGCAAUCUGUUAUUAUUGAUGAUAUUGAAUUGAGAUUACGAGAGAUUGAUCAAAAAAUAGGAAAGAACGAGGCCAUUAUUGAAAAGAUUCUUAAAACUCUCAAGAUGGACUUUUUCGAAAAGCAAAUGUAA